UGUUUGCCACUGUUAGGACCGACAAAGGAACAAACCAAGAUCCUUAAUCCAAGUCUCAGUUUUCAAUUGCGCCAUUUUCAACUUGUUUGUUUCAAGUUUGUUUUAUGCAACUUACAGGAAGGUCUGCACCCAGUUACGACCUCUGAUUUAUGGUAGAUCAUCAUCGACGACGUUCGUUCCGUCCGGGUUUUGGAUAUGGACGUAGAUCAAUUGACUUUGCUUCUUAUCAGUCAGAUUACUGAUCACUGUUGUUGCCCUUACAAUCGGUCCAGUUCAGUCUGACUGAAACUAGAAGAAAUGAUGUUGAAAUAUGUCUGGUUAGAUGUAGAUCCGGGACAUGACGAUGCCACCGCACUUAUGAUGGCCUGUCAAUUAGAGAAUAUCAAGCUUCUUGGAGUAUCCAGUGUUCACGGCAAUGCGUCCGCUGAUUGCACUGCCAAUAACACCGCAAGGUGUCUGCACGCAUUUGCUGCACCUUCCGAUGUUCUAGUAUAUCCUGGCGCAUGCAAGCCGUUACUUCGACCCACAAAACACGACCCUGAAAUUCAUGGAGAAGAUGGCCUAGGAGGCGUUGUAGGGCUCCCUUCAGCUGAUAGUCCUGAAGUUCAGGCACGAUUCGCUCGGAAAGUCGAUGGGUCGUUGAUCCAUGCCAUCGAGGGGAUGGCAACAGCCAUCAAGGACGCAUGGCGCAAUGGUACUGGACAUCAAGUAUCAGUUGUUUCUUCGGGACCAAUGACGAAUAUUGCCCUAUUUGUAAGCGUCUAUCCCAGCCUUAUGGAAGCAGUGGAGCAGUUUGUAUUUAUGGGAGGCGGUGUGGGCGUUGGCAAUAGAUCUGCCGUCGCAGAGUUCAAUAUUAUGUGUGACCCUGAGGCGGCUCAGAUUGUCCUCGAUGCUCCAGUCAAGACUGUCAUGAUACCCAUAAAUGUGACACACACGGCGAUUGUCACUUCGGCUAUCCAUUCCCGCCUGAGAUCACCCCAUCUACCUUUCCUGGAUGGCGUGUUGGCACAUCCAUCCACCAAUCUCCGAAGCACACUGUCUUCUGUCAUCAGUUUCUUUGCAGGAACGUACAAGUCAACAUUUGGUUUCGAUCAAGGUCCUCCUCUCCAUGAUGCAUUGACCAUCACAUAUGUGUCCCAUCCCGAGUUCUUUAGAGCUCAACGUUUCAGAGUGGAUGUGGAGUUACAUGGUAAGCACACGGCGGGAGAAACGGUCAUCGACGUCUGGAAUUAUCGGGUAUGUGAUGACUCAUGGGGCUCUAAUGGGAAGAAUUGCGUUGUCGCCCAGUCAGUUCAGGUCGACCAGUUUUUUGAGUUGCUUUUGGAAUGUGUCUCCCGAUGUGAUGCCAUAUCUCCGCUCAACGUACAACAACAAUGAUAAUUUACAGCACCUUCACACUUCUGAUCGACUUACGACCGUUCUCUACAUCUACUCACGCUCUACUACCAUUGCUGAAGAUUUAUUCUUUUACUUACGUGUAUUCAAACACGAUGCGCUUUAUGACCAGUACAGAUGCCAUUUCUGCCAGGACUUUGCCGCACCUAUUAAGUCGCAGACACCAUAACAGUCGAGCGCUUUCAAUAAGGUUAUUCUUGCCUGGCGUCUGUCGCAGAAUUUCUAAUCAUACA